GCCUGAACUACCAUUUUCACAGCCAACUCUCAAAAUGACGAGCGACGACCAGUUUUUCUUUGACUAUCUUGCUUCGAUACCACAUGACGUAAGGAGAUACUCCCUCGAAGUCGCAGACUCGAUCGACAGGCAGGUUGACCAUGCCGCCAAAGUGAUACGGGAUACGCUCUCUCACCAGUCAUGGUUGCCUUCCUCGGUCCGACCGCCACCACCUUCGAGAGCUCGUGCUUCCCAGUCUCUCGUUGAUCGCGUGCAUGGCUGGGUUCUUCGGAAUCGAGCAUGGAGUGCCGCAAUCCUAGCCUUUGUCGGAACUACUUCCCUUCUGUAUUUUGGCAACAAGAAGUUAAGCGGUAGACGGAGGAAAGCUCGACGAGCUGGAAAUGGCGCUCGGAAGGAAAUAGUGGUUGUUGCCGGGUCCCCUCACGAACCGAUGACGAAGGCGAUUGCUAUAGAUCUGGAACGUCGGGGCUACAUCGUAUAUAUUACUGUUUCAUCGGCGGAUGAGGAGCAGUUGGUUCAGUCGGAAAAUCGGAUGGAUAUCAGGCCGCUUUGGCUUGAUUUAACGGCUGCCCCUUCCUCGACAUCUGACAUUCAUCCAUCGUUGACUGAAAUCCAUUCUUUGAUCACUCAGCCCCAAUGGCCAAUGCCUGGAGUGCCGCCGCACACUUGCCAGCUGAGCGGACUCAUUCUCGUACCUUCACCCAACUAUGUGACCGGCCCCCUAGCCACCAUUCCAGCAUCUUCUUGGGCGGAUACAGUCAAUACUCGACUCUUAUCGCCCAUCUUGACUACUCAACUGUUUCUUCCUCUUCUUACCACCCGAAACACGAAUAGCACCAUUGUCCUAAUCUACCCUUCGAUAUCGUCGUCGCUGUCUGCUCCGUUUACUAGCCCAGAAGUCACCACAGCACGUGCCUUAUCAGGAUUCGCUACCUCGCUUCGACGAGAGUUAUGUCUUUUGCAACAUAGCAACAUCGAUGUUGUGGAGCUGAAACUUGGAAACAUCGACCUUGGUCCUCAUUACCGAAACGCACAGAGUCACAUUACAGGAACCGAGGUGCUCACAUGGACCACACAGCAGCGAUCCCUCUACGGCUCUCAGUAUCUUUCCACCAUUGAGCAGCGGCCCGUUGCAUCGGCGGGACCCAGCAUGAUACGUGGAUCCGCUGCUCGGACCCUUCAUUACGCGGUGCUGGACGCCCUGGAGCCAGCAUCCAAGGAUAUCUUUGGAAGAAAGAAGUCGAAAACGCCCGUCAUCUACGCUGGACGCGGCGCAUGGUCCUAUAGUAUCGUCGGCGAUUGGGCCCCGAACUUUUUGGUAGGAUGGAUGCUGGGCCUAAGAAGUGGCCCUAUCACACCCAGCCACAGUCCCAGUGGAAGCAACAGUGAGACGAGCUGGGAAAAGGUUUAAUAUCAGAUUAUGAUUGUUUUGGCUACGGUUGACUCUCUUCCCUCUUGGCGUUUGAAACCCCAUCUCUCAUUCUUCUUUUAUUCUUCCCUGUAUGUCUUUUAACUUAUCUGACCGAGUAAUCUUCGCAUAUGUAUACAUCAUGCGUCAACUCCGUCCCUAGCAAAUACCAUAAUAUACCUAUGGACUAAACAUUAGGAAUUAGAACAGAUUACCCCACCUUUACGAAUCAUCAACCAUUUGUCCUAGACUUCAGCCUCCCGCAUCUCAAUCGGCCUCUCAUGAUCAAACUUCGACCGCUUCACCUUACCCCCCGUCAACUUCCUCCUCAACCAAAUAACACCCCAAGUAAUACCAAAGAUAACCACAAUCGCCGCGAGAAUGAUAAAACAAUAAGCAGUGACCUUGCCACUCUUCUCCCCAUGCUCACCAGGAUCCAAGAAGGAAUACGUGUAGAAUCCCUGAGUAUGAUACGUCAGAUAGGCAAGAGAGACGUAUAGGAGGAGCAGAAACACGAGGAACGGGAACGUCAUCAGCGGGUGCGGGUUAGUAGCCGGGAGGAUGAUUUCCAGAAGGGCGUAGAGGGAGUUGAGGCCGUGUUGGGAGAGCUAUUGUGUUCAGUUAGUUAAUUACGCUUGCGUAGCACCGUCGCAUUCUGAUAAAGAGAUACGACAGUCUCAGCGAACCCCGA